AGUGAACAUUGUUGACAAACCUAACCAUCGACUCAAGCCUGCCUAACGCUUAUUUAUUAAUAUUAUCGCCAAUAUUGAACAACGAAUUGCUAUAUAAGUUCGAAAAUUUCUGUCGAAAUAAGAAUGACGGGAUGUAAGUUGAAUCAACUAUUUCUCGGCGAAGUUGCAUCGAUACAAAAUUACGGAGCUUUCGUUAGAAUUCCCGGUUGCUCUUCUCAAGGUUUAAUACACAAAUCACAGGUAAGCUCUGCUCAUGUUGAUGAUGUUGCAGAAGUUUUACAAAAAGGAGAACGUGUGUGGUGUAAAGUUAUUUCUAUUGGAGAUGAUGGUAAAAUAGGGUUGUCUAUGAAAUAUGUAAAUCAGGGAAAUGGUAUGGACUUAGAUCCAAAUGGAGUACAAUGGCAAAGAGAUAUGCAAAGAAAGAAAACUAUUGAGAGGCACGAACGUAAAGCUAUACAUUUAGAAGCGGUGCUUAAUACUACAUGCACGAAAUGUGGUAUUGCUGGUCAUUUGUCGAAAGAUUGUUUUAUGGGUCCUGAUGGAAAGAAGUAUGAAUUGAUCCCAGAGAUUGAAGAAGUUGCUGUUGAAACACAAAUUGAUACAAGUAAGAAGGAGAGCAAACAUAAAGAAAAGAAAUUAAAGAAGAAAAAGAAAGCAAAGAAAGCUAAACGCAAUUCAGAUGAGAGCGAUUCCGACGACAAGAUAGCCAAAAAGAAGAAAAAGAAAUAUUCCAAGGAUCAAAAGAAAAAAAAGAAGAAGUAUGAUAGUUCUUCUAGUAGUAAUAGUUCGAGCGACAGUUUUUCUAGUCAUGACAUGAAAGCUCAUAAGAGGAAGCAUUCAGGAAGUUCAGACAAACAUUCGAAGAAAUGUAAACAUUCAAGAAGUAGACAUGCUGACGAAUAAAAUAUUCAUUAAAGUUCACUACUAUGAAAGACUUCUUCAUAACAUAUACACGUUACAUGCGAUCGUACUCACAGGCGUUAAAUAUUUGUACGUUAAAUGAACAUUUUCCGCAAGAACAUCAGCUGCUAAAUCAUAAUAUUGGUAUUUGCAGUAUAACAGUAAUAAAUUUGCGAAAGUUUCUGGUGGAAACGGAUUUUGUUGUAAUAAAAAUUGAAGUUUUUCAAAU